AUGGAGCUCGGACGGAUGCUAGCGUUGAUGCUGGUGGCCGCGGCCUUCCUGUGCUCUGGGAAUUUGUGCAUCUUCGCGUCCAAGGUCGACGGCCUCGUUCCCUACAGUAGCGUCACUGUCACGUUCCUCAUUGAAGUGUUCAAGCUCUCCGCCAUGCUAGCAGCUAUCGUCGGCAAUCUGAACUACGUUGUGCUGCGAUAUUUGGACGCUGCAACGGUGUCGGUGCUCUGGAAUUUAAAGAUUCUGUUGACUGCCGUGCUAUUCCGCUAUGUACUCAAGCAUCCUCUGUCGGAGCUGCACAUAAUGGCAAUUGGUUUGCUCAUUCUGGGCGUGUUGACCAGCCAGUCCGACCGCUUCCGACAUAACGACAGCAACUCGCCCAAAGACUCGCAGGAUGUGGCAAUCGGUUUGUCCCUAGCGCUGGUUGGCGUCACAUUGUCAUCCUGUGCGAGUGUCUUUGCUGAGUGGACGUUGAAGCGACAGUCGGAGUGUCCGUUCUUGUGGCAAAGCGUGCAAAUAUAUGGCUUCGGCGUGCUGUUUAAUGCUCUGGGAUUGGCGUUAGUGGACAGGGAAUUAUUGCUCUCGGAAGGAUUCUUUCGUGGUUACAGCGACUGGACGGUGGUUGUCAUCAUCGUGAACUCCAUUGGAGGCGUCUUCAUGGCCUGCAUCCUCAAGUAUCUGGACAACAUCGCGUGUGUGUACUCACACUCGAUGGCGAUGAUGUUCACGACCCUUUUGUCCAUGAUUUUCUUCGCCUUCUCGCCGUCGCUGGAGUUUGCUUGUGGGCUUGGGAUUCUGGUCAUCUCCAUACGAUGA